AAGGUAAUCAAAAGUAGUUGUGCCUCUCCUGGCCUCACACUUUAGUGCUUUAACUAAAGUUCCCUGAAAGCAAAUGAAAAAUGAACACCACCAUGCUCUCUAGCUACCCAAAACACUUCACUCCCAUCCCAAUAAUACCACUUUCCUCCAAAUCUCAACAUACCCAUGUAAUUCGUUUUCCCGUAAAAUGUAGCAGCAGCAAUGAUAAUGGCAACGAAUCGCAGCCCGUUACUCCUCCAAUAACGCCACCAAACACGGUGGAGAUUCGAUUCAGAAGACGUCCAUCCAAACGACAAAAGCAGAAGGAAGAAGAAAUGAUUAAUGCAGAGAAACAAGCUGUUAAACCUAAGCCUCCACCUAAGGAUUGGGAAUCAAUGAAUCUGACUGAGAAGGCAAUUGAAUUGUACGUUGGAGAAAAAGGACUUUUGUUCUGGCUUAACAAAUUUGCUUAUGCCUCUAUUUUUAUUAUAAUUGGGGGUUGGAUACUUUUUCGAUUUGUUGGUCCUGCACUUGACCUUUACCAGCUGGAUACUCCUACUCCUCUUGCUCCUGAAUCUAUGUUUAAAGGUUCAGGAGACAAACCUUGAUCCACUAGAAAGUUCAAGUUUGAGAUGAGGAGAAGAAAUUUUCCAAUUUAAUUUUUUCCCCUGUUUGCUUCAGUUCAAAUUUUUGUAGUCCUGUAUGUAACUUGAAAGUUAUUAGUACUAAUAGAUUUAAGCAAAUGAACAUGCCAAUACUGCAUAGAGUCCCUUGAUGGAAAUUAUAUACUAGCAUUUUGUAAUCGCUUUAACUAGACGAAACUGUUACUUGUAUCAGUAUUGGAACUACAGUUAUUUCUUA